ACUCUCUGUGGGAAAAUCCUCUAUUUCUGUCUGGUCUCCGACUCCAAGUUCUGCUGCCUUCUUCUGGUCAGACGCUCCAAAACCUGACAGUGGACUAUCGAGAGUUUUUUUCUUUGGAUUGUUUUCAGUAGAAAGAGGCAGAGCUGCCAGUGAGGGCUCAUAUGUGGUGACAGGGGAGGAUCAGAUCUGCGAGGCCUUGGGAGACGGAGCCUUUUGGGGAGUUAACCCUGGAGUAGAGCUCAGAUUAUGGAUUAUAGAGCUGAAAGAAAAAAAACAUUUUCCAGGAUUUUUUGGACAGAGGCUACUACAACUAACAGGCACAAUGCCUUAGAAGCGACCGGCUGAAGAAAAUCCAGGGGCCCUGAACUUUGGGUCCUGCAGCUCCACCGGCAGACAUAGCGUUUAAUUUUGAGGUCUGCGUUUUGCAUGAAUGACAGAGGACUUGAGGACAGAGCUCUUGGUUUCUGAGCCGGCAUCAUGACUUCAGUUGAGAAGCGCCGCUCAGGCCGAAAGAGUGGCAGGCAUCGAAAGCACAGCGAUGGAGGCUACAGUGAUACUUCGAGUGGUGGGUCGUUCCUGGAUGAGACUGACCGCGAGGUCAGCAGUUUGACAGAUCGAGCAUUCAGGAGCCUCUGCAUUGGAGAUGAGGCUGUUUAUAAUGACUCAGACCUCUGUUCAUCUUCACCCUGCAGCCAGAGAGACAGACAGCUGGCCUUUAGCCAGAGAGGCCAAGACAGACACAAAGAGGACAGAGAAAGAGAGGAACUUAAGAGAGCUGCCCAUGAGAGCUUCACCGUCAGAGUGCAGCAGUAUGGACAGGACUGGAUGCAUGGAGGAAUGUAUGGGGCUGAGAUCCAAAGAGAUCCGCUGUGGGAGGCUUACGGGGAAAGGACACAAGGGAGGGUUUCUGCCACAUUCCAGCGCUCCUUUGUGGAAACCUCUCAACAGGAAAAAUCUCUGAGGGAAGACCAGUUGUCAUUCUUCAGCAAUGGAGCCACAGAUUUAAGUUCACAGCAACGCAGGAGCCGCUCCAGAGUUUCCUCCCUCAUCAGAGCUUUUAACUCUGAUGGACACAGGGAUGGAGCAGGGAUGGAUGGUAAAAUCAGAGAGUGGAAUAAUGAGACAAGCUGGGACAACUCAGCCCUGAUGAAUAUCCAAAGAGAACUUUCUGAAUUCUCUUCAUCAUACCAGCAAAACUUUAACAGUGAUCAUUUCCUGACAGCUGGUCCAUUCACAUCUCAAAACACCGGCUUCUAUUCCUCUGAAGUAGCAGCAGUGGCUCACACAAAUGCUGCAUCGGCUUACAUGAGCGCUUCCCACAGUAAACACAUGUCCAUGCAGGUCAACUGCAACUCUAACUUCUUUAUACACAGUGAGUUUAGUCCCUUUAAGGUAUGGAGGGAUCAUAACAGGUUUCCUUUUCAAGGGGACGUCUCAGGGUUUAUGCACUGCUCUGAGUUCCCUAAAUGGUAUGAGACACCAAUGUACAGGGAACUGUCACAGGAGGCCCGGCCACAGGGGCCUUACAGGUUUGAGGAGGGGGGUAUUGGCAACCUGAGGAAUAACAUAGUGCCAAUGGUUCCUCCCACUCCUCAACGCUCCACAUCAACAUCUACAAUGCUGCAAAAAGCUUCAGCUGUGGAGAAACGCUGCGAGUCAGAGUUGGCAGGUCAUUAUCCCCACAGGAAGCGGAUGCAGAGCCUGGGAACUAACAAGCUUCCGUCUCAGCGGCCAUCAACUGCAUCACCUACCAUCGAGAUGUCUCGACGUGUGCGGGACACCAUCAGCUCUGUGAAAGCCCUGCAGCAAAAGAUCAAAAUGAUGGCAGAGCAAAACAUGGAAAUGGAUAUGAAAGCUAAUCAACAAGCAGCACUUUGUGGCAACGAUAAUUUAAUUUCUUUUGGCAACAGUGCAGUAACAGUGGCAGCAAAUGCUGUCAGAGGUAACACAACCCCACUCAACAUCAGUCAGCUUCUCACACCCUCAGUCCACGCAAAUCAAGAAGCAGGGACAUCAGUGGUCCAGCAAGGUGCAGUUUCACCUCAGCUUGUGGAACAUCCUCCGGUGCGAGCUGAGAGCAGGGGAGCUACUCCUGACAUUAGGAUGUCCAGCUACAGAUCUAGAGCCACAAGCCUACUCUUCAAUCUCAAAGACAACAGGAAACGAGUAAAAAACACCUACAGCCCAACCAAAUUCAAACAGCCCUCAAUGCAGGAGCCGAGAGACACUGUGAUAGAUAUCCCAGAUUAUCCUGAUCCAGACAUUCAGUUUACACAGGUCGAGCAAUUCAGCAGGACAAGUGCUGCCUCUCAUCAGUAUGCAAACCAGUAUCAAAACCCUGGAUUGUCGCUUCCAACACAAAACUCUCAUCCUAAAACAGCACAUGCAGGCCAAUACUCAGAACACACUUUAGGUGAUUACCAGACAGCUCAGAGGCAAAGUGAGAUGGUUCAUCACUCCAUGUUCUCUGGCUUUACACCUGAAAACUACACAACCAAUCAGCUGGCUAAUGGACAGUAUCUCCAUGAAGACUUACCGUCAUUUACUUCCUAUAAACAAAGCAUGAAAGAAAAUGCAGAAAGUCUGGUAGGGGAAGAAUACAGAAUUCAACCAUCGUAUACAGCUACAGAGGCACCAAGAAAUACUGUCAACAAUCAAACCAGAGAAUAUUUCAUAAGUAGGGCAAAUGCUGAGCAACAUUUUAAUGAAACAGUGGGAAGGGAAUCCACAAAGGUGGAUAGAUAUCAGCAGCUGAAAGACAACAAACAUGAUUACGGUAAUGUGUCCACACAGGAUAGGUGGAGAGAGACAAACAGCCAAGACACAGAAAGACUCGAUCUGAGAGCAGCUGUCUCUCCAUGGAAACAAGAGAUAACUGCUUUAAGAGGAAAAGAGCAACAUGCACAAGCUUACCAAAGAGCAGCCCAGAUAAAGGAGGAACUGCAUUUACCCACAGACAAAUACAGAGGCGUAAAUCAGCAAAUUGUAAAUGCAGAACUUGAAACAAGAGAGUUGAGGCAUAGUUAUGGUGCAGGGUUGGUCAAUCCUAACAUUUCAAACCAACUUCCCCAAUAUGCUCCAGAAAUCAGUAAUGAUACUUUAGAAAAUCAAGCAUAUUACAGACAACAACAACCUGGAACAAUUAGGGAAAAAUAUGCACUUCAAAAACAUCAUGGACACAAUGAGGAAAAUGUAAUGAAAAAUUGUUUGACACAGAAUUAUGAUAGGUAUACUGAUCCGGAAAACCCAAAUCAACACAUCUUCAAUACUAGUAAAGACAAAACUAUGUGCAUGCAGGAAACAGGUCAGAGAAAACCAUAUAUGCCGGUUCCAAAAGGACACAAAAUGCUAAGUCUCCAGCCCGUACAAGCCACACCGCCCAUUGAACAUAACGUGCACAAAAAUGCAUUAUCUAAUCCUGACAAUGAUGCUGAAUCCACCAUCGCAUUAAACCAGGUGAAGGAUAGACAGUUGGCUGAGGUCAGGGAUGGACAGGCCACAGCAGAAAUCACCAAAACUGAGCUGGCAAAAGUUCAGCACUGGGCUCAAGUGGAGCCACCCAAAGCAGAGUCAGCCAGGUUAAUUUUAGCAGGGCAGACUGGUUCAGAGAAAGUCAAAGCACAACAGGCCAAAGCAGAACAAACAGAGCGCCAAAGAAUCAAACCGGCUACAAUAGAGGAAAAGAAAAAAGGAGAACAAACAGAAAAAUCGAGAGAAAAACAUCCAGUGUAUGUAAGGGAGCAGACAAAGGCCAGAGAACAAAAGAUAACAGAAGAGCCAAAAAAUAUAAAAGAGGAAGCAGGAGCCAUGCACAUGAAAGAGGAGCAGGGUGAGCAGGGUGAACAGGUCAAAGCUGAACAAGCUGGAGUAGAAAGGAUGAAAGAAGAAAACAUCAAAACUGAACUGGCACGGACAGAGCAAUUUAGAAUACAGCAAACUGCACAGGUCAGAAGAGAGGAGGAAGAACGGUUAAGAGCAGAACAAAUUGAAAGAGAGAGGAGAGAGACUGAACGAACUAGAGCAGAAAAGAUUAAAGCAGGACAAGCUAAACAAGAGCAACAAGCUAAAUCAGAACAGGAGAAAAUGUUGAGGAUGGAAAAGGUCAAAACAGACGACAUUAAAGUUAAGGAUGUCAAACUAGAGAAAAUGAAGGUAGAUUCAAUUAAAGUUUGUUUAAAUGCAGAACAAACUAUCUCAGAGUUAAAUAAGGCCAAAGAGCCGAAAGCGGAAAAGCAAACAAAAGUAGAGCUAACUAAAGCAGAGCUAACAAAAACCAAGGAUCUGCAGGAAAGGUUAGUUAAACCUGGAGCAAAACUAGCAGCGAAACAACAAGUCAAAUGUGAGCCAGAUAAAGUUGAACAAGUAAAGACAGAGUUAGCUAAAGCUAAAGCAGAACUGGCCAAAAUAAAAGAGAAAAUGAAAGGAGAACAAAAAGUUAGAACUACUAACAUUGUAAUGGAAAAUGACAUUGCAAAGAAAGACAUUCAUUUUAACACUAAUAUGAAUAUAAAUGAGGAUUAUAAAAACCAGGAUGGAGCAACACAAAUGCAUCAACUGAAUGAAGACUCACUUGUCAGCAAAUUUGUCAGAGAUCAAGUUGACAGAGGGGCUGAUAAUUUUAACAGUUUGAGAGGGAAAUAUGGUACCACUAAUACAUGUUCAACAAACAGAAAAGAAGAAUUAACUGCAAGAACUGAUUCUUCAAAUGAUGACAAAGAAACACCAAUUAUAUCUCCUACCAAAGCUGAGACAGUGAAUAACAACAAAUCAAAUGACAAAAAUAGUCCUGCAAGCGGACUUGCAAAAGCUAACACAGAAAAUAAGGAGGAAAGCAGAAGCAUUAAAUCAAAUGAGGAAACAGAGGGCCACUAUGUUUACAGUGAGUCAUCCAAAGAAUUCAAAUUAUCCAGUUCUGAUAAUCUACCCACCCAUGUAGAUAAUGGAGCAAAUUGUGACAUUAUUUCCAAUAAAGUGAAGGAUGACAGUUUUGAAAAGUUAGGAAAAUGUGAAGAUGCGAGACUAACUAAUGAAUUACAUCAAAGAGAUUCUGAUUUGACAAAACUUGGCCCUCUUGAACGAAAACCUAAAUCAGUUGAGCACAGUGCAGGUCCACGUAAAGAUAUGCAUUUUACCCCUCCCAGAGCAUUGACACAUAAGGAGAGAGCACAAACCAAGCAGGAGAUUCUGACAUCCAAGAUAAAAGCUCACGCUGAAAAAGAGAUUUCAGCGAUAAAAGAAAAGGGUUUUGCUAUAAGAGAUGGGUUUAUAUCCAAAAACUCAACCAAGCAAUUAGCAGGUAGUCAGAGUCUUAACAUACGACAGAGGCCUCCAUCACAGGAUCUGCCUAAAAAGCAUGAAAGCACUAUGUCCAGUAAUAUUACACCAAAGCACCAGAUGGAGCAAUCAGGAGUACAGACAGAAACUGUCAAGUCUGUGCCAACCCCCAGUUCUGCUAUAAUACCAGUGAAGUCUGCAGCAACCACUGGUCAUUCGGUAGAACAUUCACAGAAGCGGGUUACCAAAGAACCAAUGAAAAGCACUGAUAAUGUGCGAGAACCUACCAAAGAUGCAACACAGACAGGAUGUGAUCCUAAAAUCACAGCUAGGGUGUUGGUAGACAAACAGAAGAAUGAAAGCCAAUCUGGAGUUAAAUCACUUAUGCAAAGUAAAGAGCAGGCACCUGUGGACAACAGUGAAAAGCAGAAAACCAAUCAUGGAGCAAACCCCGGAAAACAGAAAGAUGGGGUUAAAGACAAUCCUGUCAUAAGCACCGACCAACAGAAAAAGGAGAAAGAGGAUCUAUCAAAAGCUACACCUCUGGUCAAAGCUGAAAGCUCAAAACCUAUGACAUCAGAACAACCUGAGAGUAAAUAUGAAGAACUUCAUGAGGACUCAGCACCUUCAAUAAAUCUUUUCUCUCAAGAUCAGAACAAAACCCCUGUGACUCAUGACAGUUUGCAGAUUACGGGAAUAAUGGUAAUAGUACGAGAAAGAGAGCAAUCCAAGAGUGAUAACACCAACAAGGAACAAAUAAAUACAAAAGAGAAAGAACACAGUAAUUCAGAGUUAGAUAAAUGCCAUCCCAGCUCAGGUUUAGAAGUAAGUACAGGAAAAGAUUCUCCCACGGAAAAUAGCAAAACAAAGGAAAAAGACAGAGUUGCACAGGAACUUUGUCCCACAGAGAAGGAAGAUAACACUAAAGUUGGUGUGAGAAAUGAAAUUGUGCAAGAAAAUCUUUCUGAGAAUGUCCCUGUGAAAGGGACUAAACUUCAGAAGAGUACUUCUAUAGAUGCAAAGCCUCAAAGGGAAAUGCAAUUUCAAGAACCACUGGCUGAAAAGGUUGUGCCAUCCACAGUCACUGCACCUUCUAAAAAUAAAGUAUUGCCUGAAACUCAACCCCUUCUCCACAAGCAAGACAUAAAAGACAAGGAAAAGAAUGACUACUCAAACAAAAUGCCUAAACAGAAGUUGACAAAGGACAUGAGGAAAGAUGAAUUAAAGAAUAAUUUAGAAGAAACAAAUGAUCAAAAAACACCAACAGCACAUACCAAUGACAACUUUAAGGCUAAAGAGGAGAACAUAGGAAUCAAGAGUGAUUCCAAGAAAGCUGAUGCAGAAGUUCUGGUAAAUCCUGAUGUCCAGCUAUCAUCGACAGAAGAUGUGACAACUGUCAUAGAUCCAUACAAAAUCAGGAGCAUAAAUGGCGAGAGUGCACCCCGACUGGUAGAAAAAAGAAAUGACUCAACACCACUAAAUCCAUUAAACAAAACCACUCCAUCUCAGCAUUUACCUGAAAAACAAAACAACCAUGUAUCCCAAAGAUUAGAGACACACACUCAAGUGGAUGAUGAUGUGCACAUAGACAGCAUUGCCAUCAGAGUUGUGCCAAGUUGUGCAGUAACUAAGAAUGACAACCUGAAUACAGCAGGAAAGAAUAAUGCCACAGUUGUUCCAGCUGAUGUGGUUGGAGCUACUGAACAUAAAGAAGUUGCAUCAUCGAGUUCUGAAGAAAAAGUUAAUUCUUUAACCAACAAAGAUAAAAUCAAAGACCUCACUCAAGAAGUUGCAUCAUCGAGUUCUGAAGAAAAAGUUAAUUCUUUAACCAACAAAGAUAAAAUCAAAGACCUCACUCAAGAAGUUGCAUCGUCGAGUUCUGAAGAAAAAGUGAACUCUUUAACCAACGAAGAUAAAAUCAAAGACCUCACUCAAGAAGUUGCAUCAUCGAGUUCUGAAGAAAAAGUGAACUCUUUAACCAACAAAGAUAAAAUCAAGGACCUCACUCCAGACGACAAAUUUGGAGUACAAUACGUGUUGUCCAGUGUGAAAAAACUGUCUGAUUCAUUGAAAAUCAGCAAACAAAAGGACAGCAUAAAGGUAGCUACUGAAAACACUCAAGCUGAACAUCAAAUGUCUGAUGAAGUAAAGAAUAGUAGGAAUUCAGUGGAUAAAUCAAAGGCACAAGGCAUGGAGGGAGACUACUUUCAAGUGCAAGGGGUAGCAGACACAAAUAAUGACCUACACAAUAGUGCCAAUGAUGGAGCCAUGUUAGAUGGUGUUUCAAACGAAAGAAUACCUCCAGCGUCACUGAACAGGACUUCUGUCAAUGAGGAAGUAAAAAAUUACGCCUUUGCUUUGAAUCAAAGUAAGAGGAAAACAAUAGAAUCAAGCACAGUAGGCGUCCGAAAUGCGAAUGUGGAAGAGAAAAACAGGGAAACAGAGACUUCAAAACAAAGCAAUGUUCCCACAGAGAGACAGGAAGUAGGUCAAGCUAAUAAUUUCAGAAAAUCCAGUUUAUCAGCAAGGGAAAGACAGAGCUUAAGACAUUCAUACCUAACAAGGGACAAUGCUGUCAAGGAGAAAACCGAAGUUCAACCAAAACCAAAGGAAAGAAUAUCAGCAAUACCUGAAAUAUCCGCACUUGCAGACUAUGCCCGACUAAAAGUAAUUGUUUCAGAGGAGCAGGAAAACACAAUUCAGGAAUUCCCACCCAACAAAAAGGAAGGAUUCUUUCCACUUAUACAGUCUCGUCAUAGCAGACGUCCAGUGUUCACUGACGACCCAAAAGAUAUCUCUGUUAAAGAGAAACAUCUUCCCAAUAAGACAGAGAUGAGUGCCAAAAUAAACAAAGAGCCCAAAGCAUUAGUAUUUCCCAUUACAGAGAAAGAACACCAAAGGACCGGGAUGUUCAAACUAGGAGAUAAAGACAAACAAGAGAAAAUGGUCUUAGAUGCCCCAAGUGUAUCAGAUGUUGGAGCAAAGCAUGCACACUCUGUCAAAGAAGAAAACAAGUCGCUAACAACUCAUCUCAAGAACCAGACAGGGGUAGAGCAAGUUUCUGGAAGUGAUACUCUACGGCUUAGUCAAAUAGAACAAAGGGUUCCUCAGCCAGUCAAUCCUGCAUUAAAAACAACAACCUCAUGUUCUGCGGUCAACAAGCCAAGAAACAUAACUGCAUCCCAGCACCUAAAGUCACCUGUGAACUCUUAUCCACAUGAAAAAUAUGAAGAAUUUUCCUCGAAAUUGGAAAGAACAUCAUUUUCCGAUAAAAAUUCACAACCCACCUCGGGGGAAAUUCACAACUUAGAAGACAGCACAACACCAAGAAAAGAGGAAAAGUUAGACAAUAGAGUGGUUAAGACUGGGGAAGAAAGAACGAGUCAAGAAGCAACUCAGCAUGAAGAAACUACACCAACACAAUCACAGGAAGAACGAGUGUCUAGAAUAGAAGAAGAGAAAAGAACAGAAGAAAUGAGAAUAAAACACAUUAUGGAGGAGAGUAGAGCUUCUCUGGCUGAAGAAGAGAAAAGAGCCAUUCAGAGGGAAGAGGAGAGGAGAGCAAAAGAGAGGGAGGCCAUAGCUAGUAGGAUCAAGGAGCGGCGGGAAAAACAGAGAGAAGCAGAUAAAAAAGCAGAGAAAGAAAGAAAAGAGAAACAGGUGAAAGAUGACAGAGCAGCUAUAACAGAAGAAGAGAUAAGAGCCAAGCUAAGAAGAGAAGGGAAAGAGAAAGAAAUCGAGAGGUUAAAGAGUGAAGAUGGGAGGAGAGCCAAAUUGAGAGGGGAGGCAGAUUGGCUAAAGGACAAUGAGGAGAGGAUGAGGUUGAAACAGGAAGAGAAGGGGAGAGCUUCUCGAGAGGAGCCGCAGAAGAGAGCUUCAGAAGAGGAGCAACAACAAAAAGCUGACCAAGAGGAGGCGCAGAGGAGAGCCACCGAAGAGAAGCGGCAAAGAAAAACUGGACAAGAGGAGCAACAACGAAAAGCUGCACAAGAGGAGCCGCAGAGGAGAGCCACUGAAGAGGAGCGGCAA